AUGCCAAAGAUGAAGAAGGCCCUUCUGUUUCUUCUAUUACUUCACACUCAACUUUCAAGCCCUUUCCCUAUAUUUCCUGAAACCCUUGAGGAGAAAAAAAUGGCCAUUGUUCAGAAUUAUCUGGAAAAAUUUUAUGAUAUGCCAAGAAGAGAAAAUAAGCGGUGGAAAAAUGGCACUCAGUUAGUUGAGAAAAUUAAAGAAAUGCAGAAAUUUUUUGGAUUAGAGGUGACUGGACAACCAGAUGAAGAAACUAUGGAAGUGAUGAAGAUGCCCAGAUGUGGGGUUCCUGAUAUACAGGGAUAUAAGCUGACUGAAGGAAAUCCAAAGUGGAGAAAGAAUGAUCUCACGUACAGCCUUGUAAACUACACACCAGAUUUGCCAAAGGCUGAUGUGGAUUCAGCAAUUGAGAAAGCCAUUCAGAUCUGGAGUUAUCCAACCCCUCUGACUUUCACCAGGAGUGAUGAUAAUAAUGAAGUUGACAUAAGGAUCACUUUUGCAAGGGGAGCUCAUGGUGACAAUUCACCCUUUGAUGGAGUGAGUGGAAUUCUUGCACAUGCAUAUCAACCAGGCAGGGGAAUUGGAGGAGAUGCUCAUUUUGACGAAGAUGAAACUUGGACCACAGAUUCCAGGGGUACUAACUUAUUUAUUGUGGCUGCUCAUGAAUUUGGCCAUUCACUGGGGCUUUCUCAUUCCUCUGAUCCUGGUGCCUUGAUGUUCCCCACCUAUUCCUUCUCUGAACCCAGUACCUAUGUCCUACCUCAAGAUGACAUUAAUGGCAUUCAGUUUCUUUAUGGUCGUUCAAAUAAUCCUAUCAAACCUACUGGACCCACCACACCUAGAACCUGUGACCCACAAUUGACAUUUGAUGCAAUCACCACUCUUCGUAAUGAAGUCAUAGUUUUCAAAGACAAGUACUUUUGGCGGAAGCAACGUCAACAACUAAGGCCAGAAUUUUAUAUGAUUUCCUUAUUCUGGCCAUCUUUACCAUCUGGGAUACAAGCUGCUUAUGAAGAUGUUGAAAAUGAUUUAGUUUUUCUAUUUAAAGGCAACCAGUAUUGGGCUCUAAAUGGCUACGAAGUCAGGCCUGGCUUCCCCAGAGAUAUCUCCGACUUUGGCUUCCCGAGAUCCAUUCAAGCAGUGGAUGCAGCUGCAUCAAUUACAGAAAAUAGGAAAAUAUACUUCUUUGUAAAGAACCAGUUCUGGAGAUAUGAUAAGCAAAGACGUGCCAUGGAUCCUGGUUAUCCUAAAAACAUAGCAGAUGUUUUCCAAGUGGUGGCAAACACUGUGGAUGCUGUUUUCCAGAGAGAUCAAUAUUUCUACCUCUUUACUGGACCAACAUACCAUAAAUUUGAUCUCCGUGCUAGAAGAAUUGUUUCUGUUGGAAGAAGCAACCGCUUAUUAAACUGCAGAUAG